UAUUUACGUUUUUCCUGUCCGCGUAUCAGCCGCGGUCGUCGUUUUCCAUGAACAUUCCUGUCCGGUGGAACCGCUGUUACAAAACGCGACGAUGCCCGAGUACCUGAUCAAUGGCAUCCCGGUCAACUUUCCGUUCGAGCCGUACCAGGUCCAGCGGGACUACAUGGCCCGGGUGAUCGAGUGUCUGCAGAACAGCAGCAACGGGGUGCUGGAAUCGCCCACGGGAACCGGCAAGACGCUGAGCCUGCUGUGCUCGUCGCUGGCCUGGAUCCUGCACAAGAAGGCCCAGGUGCAGGCGAGCCAGCGGACCAAUGUGAGCGAGCUGAAGGAGUUUGAGUUCGAGAAGAAGAAGAUGGGCGGGGGAGGUGGUGGGCCGAAGCCGGAAAUGGACAAGCUGCUGGACGAGCUGAACGAGAACAGUGGGAAGGAGGGUGGGAGGUGGGGCGUUCCGAAGAUUAUCUACGCGUCGAGGACGCACUCGCAGCUGACGCAGGCGAUGCAGGAGAUGAAGAACACGAGUUACGGAUUUAUGAGGGCGGUUAUUUUGGGUUCGCGCGAUCAGCUGUGUAUCCAUCCGGAGGUGGCGAAAGAGGAGGGGAACGCGGUCAAGACGAAUCUGUGCAAGGCGAAGAUUCAGGCGAGGGCGUGUUCGUUUUAUAGCCGGGUGGAGGCGUGUAAGGAGCGGCCGGAGAUAACCGGGAGUACGAUCAUGGACAUUGAGGAUUUGGUGCGGGUCAGCACGAAGCUGAAGGCGUGUCCGUUUUUUAUGUCGAAGGAGUUGAUUGAGAACGCGGAUGUGCUGUUUAUGCCGUACAAUUAUCUGCUGGAUCCGAAGGCGAGGAAGGCGAAUAAUUUGGAGCUGGCGAAUACGAUUAUUAUUCUGGACGAGGCCCAUAACGUUGACAAAAUGUGCGAGGAAUCGGCUUCGAUGCAGAUCAGGUCGUCGGAUAUUGCGCUGUGCAUUGACGAUGUGACGAGUAUAAUGAAGGUGAUGGAUAAUACGGUGGCGAUUCCGGAGGAUGACGACGCGAAGAAGGAUUUUACGAUCGAUGAUUUGGCGCUGCUGAAGGAAAUGUUGCUUUCGCUGGAGAAGACGGUGGACGAGAUUCCGGUGAUGUUCUCGCAGGGCGGGAGCACGCAGCCGGGGACGUACAUUUUUGAGAUUUUCGAGAAGGCGAAUAUCAAGGAAGGAAAUUAUCACAUAAUCGCACAACUCCUCGAGAACAUCAUUCAGUACAUUGCGACAAUCACGGAGAAGAACAAUUUUGUCCGCCGAGGAGGUGGCCUGCAGAUCCUAGCGGAAUCGUUGUCCAUCAUGUUCGCCGGAAGUGGCCCCCAGUACCGGGAGUCGAUCGACAAGUGCUACAAGUGCCACAUUGAUAUCGAGGAGCAGAAAAAGGUCCGCGGGAACACGAAGCAAGCGGACGGUUGGACCGCGACCAAGCAGCUUGUGCCGUCGGUGAAGGCGAACGCGAAGGUGAUCAACUUUUGGUGCUUCAACCCGGGCUUCGGGAUGCGGCAGCUGCUGGGACGGAACGCGCGGAGUAUCAUUUUGACGAGUGGAACGCUAGCACCGUUGAAGCCGCUGAUCAGCGAGCUGGACAUUCCGAUUGCGGUCAAGCUGGAGAAUCCGCACAUUAUCGACGGGAGUCAGGUGUGCGUGAAGAUUGUCGGGCAGGGCCCGGACAAGGAGAGUCUGAACUCGAGCUACGGCAAUCGGGACAAUCCAAAGUACAUUUCAAGUUUGGGGCGAACGAUACUGUCGUUUUGUCCGAUCAUCCCGGGGGGAUUGCUGGUGUUCUUUCCGUCGUACCCGCUGCUCAACAAGUGCCAGGAAGCGUGGCAGGAGACCGGGAUCUGGGCGCAGAUCAGCCGGACGAAGCCGAUAUUCGUGGAACCAAGGGGAAAGGACCAGUUUUUGAACACCAUGACGGAGUACUACGCGAAGAUCAACGAUCCGGACGGGAAGGGCGCCGUCUUCAUGGCCGUCUGUCGGGGAAAGGUCUCGGAAGGGUUGGACUUUGCCGAUAUGAAUGGCCGCGCUUGCAUCAUCACCGGACUGCCCUUUCCACCGUUGAAGGACGCCCGCGUAAUCCUCAAGAAGCGCUACCUGCAGGAGGUUCGAACGCGCGAAAACGAAAUCAUCUCCGGCGACGAGUGGUACUCGCUGGAGGCGGCCCGCGCCGUCAACCAGGCCAUCGGUCGCGUCAUCCGCCACAAAAACGAUUACGGUGCGAUCCUGCUCUGCGACAACCGCUUCCACAACCCCCGCCAGAAGGCGCAACUCUCCUCGUGGAUCCAGAAACAUCUCAACACUGCCCAGCACCCAACCUUCGGUCCAAUCGUCCGCGAACUGUCCCAGUUCUUCCGAAACGCCGAGAAAACCCUGCCCCAGGCGAAACUCACCCGCAGUUUGGCCCCGCUCGGCCCCGAACCCCCGAUCGCCCUCGUCCCCGACUCCACCAGCCUCCUCGUGUCCGGCGAGACGAAAAAGAAGCUCGACGACAUCAAGAACAACUUCAUCAAGAUCGAAAACUCGAACGCCGUGACGGCGUUCAAGCUGUCCGACUACCAGCACGCGCACCGCUCGGACGCGACCGCCGCGUCCGGCAAGGACUUCCUCAGCCGACUCAACACCCAGGUGCGGACGAUCGACUUCAACGACAUGUCGUCAGCCGGACCGUCCUCGCAAGCGGGACUGGUCGCGAUUCACAAGCGCGAGCGGUCCAACGAGUCGACGAUGGUAACGCAGCAGAAGAAGCGCAAGGUGGUGCUGAUUCCGCAGGAGACGAUCUCGCUGGAUGAUUCGCUCGAGGUUCUGGAAGUCAAACCGGAACGGCAAGCGCCGGAGGAUCGCGUUGAGCUGUUGAAGGUCAUCAAGUCGUCGAUCGUGCCGGCGCAGUACAAGCGGUUCCUGGUGGUGCUGACCGGCUACCGGAACGAUCGUGACUUUGGGACCAUGAUGGGCGGGAUGGUGGAGAUAUUCAAUCGGCCCGAGUUGUACUAUUUGCUGAAGGCAAUGCGACGGUUUUUAAGCAACGAGCAUGGAAUUCAGUUCGACGAGCGAAUCCGGACAAUCUGUGGAUGAAGCGGGUUCGAGCUUUGAAAUCGAUUGUGAUAUUGUUGCAUUCUUAUUGUUAGCACUGCCAGUGACUCUUAAUGUUAUUAAAGUUUUGCUAUCU